AUUUGGCAACUUCUGGACUUAUCCCGUCGCACCUGUGGGGGUCAAUUCCGCCACCUCAUAUCCACUCCAGCCAGUCCAGUCGACCGACCACUAUGUUCGCCCGCAUCAGCUCCACGGCGGUCCGCCGCACUGCCGCCACGCAAACCCGAGGCUUCCGCAAGGGUAACCCCACCAAGUUCACGGAGAACAAGGCAGACACCGGCUUCAACGCUGUGCUCAACGCCGACAACUCCAAGCACACUAGCAAGGUGAUGCACUACACGAGCUACGGUCUGUUGGCGUUGGUCCCUGCUGCCGUGGUGCUCAGCCCAUCCGCGUUGAACGUGCCGGUCGACUACUUGCUUGCCGUGCUUGUCCCCGUGCACAGCCACAUUGGGAUCAACAAUGUCGUGUCCGACUAUGUGCCCAAGAACUUCAAAACGUUGGCCCGUGCUGGCGUCCUUGGCGCGUCCAUCGUCACCUUCCUCGGCCUCAUUACCCUCAACGUCACAGGCGCUGGCGUCACCGAGACUGUUAAGUCCCUGUGGCGUGAACCUCCUUCCAAGGAAGUCUCGCAUUAAUCGUGACACUGAGCAUCCCCGUGCGACCAGAAUUGACACAAUCAAAUUGUUGAAAUUUUCACGAAAUUAUUACCAAAGAUUUGCUAAUUUCGACGGAUGUUUCAACCGGAAGUUUCAUCGAU